AUGCCACAGGAUAACGCAGUCGGACCAAACCUGGUUCCAAAAAAGUUCUGGCUCUUGGUGGGCGGGAAUAUCCUAUCGCCGCCUCCAACUUGGAACCGCCUGGUCACCAUGACGGAGGAGCGAAACAAGGCAGAACGAGACAAGGAGAUUGAGAAGAGAGAAUUCCAAGAUGCAGCGAAGAAGGCCAAGGCAGAGCUCGAAGCUACCAAACAGGCGUACAAAGAGGAAUACGGAGGCGGCUUGGCAGGUUGGAAACAACGGAGGCGCAUGGCGGAAGAAGCUGAGGUCGGCUAA